GUGUUUGCAGACGUUCAGUAGGAGGGAUUACCGUGGGUGAUUGACGGAUCCGGUUCUCCAGCUGUUUCAGGAGGAUUUAAUCCUUCCUGAACGGGUGUGGAGGGAGUGAACGGGCUAGGAGGUCAAGGUUCCAGUCGGUACCGGGAUGGGGAACGCGGACACGAAGCUGAACUUCAGAAAGGCCGUGAUCCAGUUGACAACCAAGACUCAGCCUGUGGAAGCCACAGAUGAUGUGUUCUGGGACCAGUUCUGGUCUGACUCCUCCACCUCGGUGCAGGACGUGUUUGCACUGAUCCCAGCAGCAGAGAUCCGAGCAGUGCGUGAAGAAUCUCCGUCAAACCUUGCAACGCUCUGCUACAAGGCGGUGGAGAAGCUUGUUGCGGGUGCGGACAGUGGGUGCCAUACAGACAAGCAGAAGCAGGUGGUUUUGAAUUGUGCUCGUCUGCUGACCCGUGUACUGCCGUAUAUAUUUGAAGAUCCAGAUUGGAGAGGAUUCUUUUGGUCUUCAGUUCCUGGAGCAGGACGUAGCCAGGAAGAUGAAGAGGAAGAGGAUAGUUCAAGGCCCUUGGCAGAGUCUCUACUCCUGGCAAUAGCAGAUCUUCUUUUCUGUCCAGACUUCACAGUUCAGAGUCACAGGAAAAGUGGAACAGAUACUACAGAGGAUAUCCAUACACUGGACAGCUGUGAAUACAUCUGGGAGGCUGGUGUUGGCUUUGCUCACUCCCCACCACUUAACCAGACACAUGACCUCAACAGGACUGAACUGCUGAAGCUGUUACUGACAUGUUUCUCCGAGGCCAUGUACCUGCCACCUUCCUCUGAGAGCAGCAACACAGCUAAUCCCUGGGUGCAGUUCUUCUGCUCCACAGAGAACAGACACGCUCUCCCUCUUUUUACCUCACUCCUGAAUGUGGUGUGUGCCUAUGACCCUGUUGGUUAUGGGAUCCCCUAUAACCACCUGUUGUUCUGGGAUUCGCGGGAACCGUUGGUCGAGGUCUCUGCUCAGCUGCUCAUUGUCACGUUGGAUUCUGAUUCUACAGUGACUACUAGCCCCAGCAUGGACGGUACCACCACCAGCACCGCGAUGGACGAGACAGAGAACCCAACACCUGACAACCUGUUUGUCAACUAUCUUUCUCGGAUCCACCGUGAGGAGGAUUUCCAGUUUAUUCUAAAGGGCCAGGCCAGACUGCUUCUCAACCCUCUCAAUCAGACUUACCUGCCAAACUCCACCAAAAAAAUUAAUUUCCACCAGGAAUUACUUGUUCUCUUCUGGAAGCUCUGUGACUACAACAAGAAAUUCCUUUUCUUUGUACUGAAGAGCAGCGAUGUCCUGGACAUUCUAGUUCCCAUUCUCUUCUUCCUGAAUGAUGCACGGGCAGAUCAGUCUCGUGUCGGCCUAAUGCACAUAGGGGUGUUCAUCCUCUUGCUGCUUAGCGGAGAGAGGAAUUUUGGGGUUCGCUUAAACAAGCCGUACUCUGUGCGUGUUCCGAUGGAUAUCCCAGUGUUCACAGGGACGCAUGCUGAUCUCCUUAUUGUGGUAUUCCACAAGAUUAUCACCAGUGGGCACCAGAGACUGCAGCCUUUAUAUGACUGUCUCCUAACCAUCAUUGUGAAUGUCUCCCCAUACUUGAAGUCCCUGUCUAUGGUGGCCUCUAACAAGCUGCUGCACCUACUGGAAGCUUUCUCCAGCACAUGGUUUCUCUUCUCAUCUCCACAGAAUCAUCAUCUUGUGUUCUUUCUGCUUGAAGUGUUUAACAACAUAAUCCAGUACCAGUUUGAUGGAAAUUCAAGUAUGGUUUAUGCUAUCAUCCGCAAGAGAGCUGUCUUUCACCUGCUUGCAAACCUCCCCUCGGACACUUCUUCCAUACAGCGUGCCCUGCAACGCAAGAAGAAACCAGUUGAGCCCAUCUCCCGCACUAACUCCCAAGAUGGAGCUUCCAUGGAAGGUUCCCGCCCUGCUGCCCCUGCUGAACCUGGCACGCUAAAAGUUAGUCUGGUGGCCACCCCUGGAAUUGAGAAACUGACCGAAAAAUCCCAGGUUUCGGAGGAUGGUACUUUACGAGCAUUGGAUCCUGAAGUUCCUUUGUCUCCAGGAGAAGUCAGCCCUUCCCAUCCACAGAGUGACACAGAGUCCCAUAGUGGGGAAAGUGUGCAGAACAGGCGGCGCUCCAGUUGCUCUUUAUCUCAAUGGAAUCCAACAACAGACUGGGUCAUGUCCUGGAAAGUCAAGUUGCCCCUUCAGACCAUUAUGCGGCUCCUACAGGUCCUUGUGCCACAAGUGGAAAAGAUUUGCAUCGACAAGGGGCUGACUGAUGAAUCGGAAAUCCUGAAGUUCUUGCAGCAUGGCACUUUGGUGGGGCUCCUGCCAGUCCCACACCCAAUCCUGAUCCGCAAAUAUCAAGCCAAUGCCGGCACUGCCAUGUGGUUUCGCACUUACAUGUGGGGAGUCAUCUAUCUGAGAAACAUGGACCCCCCUAUUUGGUAUGACACAGACGUCAAGUUGUUUGAGAUUCAGAGAGUUUAGUCUUUAGCGCCAAAACAUGUGUCAGUCUGUAUCCCACAAACCGGGUCUCAUACACUGGAUUCCCUCACCAGCGUCCCUGAUGCCCCCCACAUCCCCUUUCAGAUCGCCCAACCUGUUACAGCUCUUUCCCAGCUCCUCAUUUAACGCUAUAUAUUUUUUUAAUGUUCUAUGUUAUGAUCAAUCACAAAUCUUCCCUCACCCCUAUCCUACUGUGUAUCCGCCCUUAGUGGUGGAAACCCUUUUUGUGAUGAUCUGUGUACCACUACAAGUCUCUCUACAAUCAUGUGUAAACUAUUAAAUUAUAUGAAUAAAUCUA